AAAAAUCUCCAUAGCUUCUCGGGACCCAAAAUGACCACUCUUACCCCACUGCCUGUGACACGUACAAAGCUUGCGGUCUUAGCCAGACAGAAGCUGCCCUGCUCUUCAGGGACAACUUCAAGGUCUCAAUUGAUCAAAGAAAAAGAUGACAUAGAUCAUUACCUGGAGGUGAAUUUCAAAGGAUUGUCAAAAGAGGAGAUUGCCGCUUAUAGGAACUCAUACAAGAAGAACAUCUGUGUGGACAUGCUGCGAGAUGGCUACCACAAGUCCUUCACGGAGCUCUUCAGCCUAAUGGAGCAUUGGGAGGUCCUGAAGGAGACGGCCAGGAGGAGGUCCAUCUUCUGGCUGCAGAGGCCCCUGGAGGAGCAGCCGGACACCCUGGAUUACUUCUAUUACCACCUGACCAGGGCCGAGGCUGCAGAGAGGAAAGGAUACUUUGAAGAUGUAUACAGUAACUUGUAUGCCCUGGCCUGUUACUUCACUAAGUCUGAAGACAAGUGGGUCAGGAACCAUUUCUAUGAACGGUGCUUUAAGAUUGCACAGCUGAUCAAAAUUGACGGUGGGAAGAAAGAAGCUGAGGCGGAGGCGCACAUGGGCCUGCUCUACGAGGAGGAUGGUCAGCUAGCAGAGGCAGCAGAGCAUUAUGAAGCCUUUCAUCAAUUGACACAGGGCCGGAUAUGGAAGGAUGAGACAGGUCGCUCUCUCAACUUGCUGGCCUGCGAAAGUCUCCUGAGGACCUACAGAUUACUCUCAGACAAAAUGCUGGAGAACAAAGAAUACAAACAGGCCAUCAAAAUUCUAAUAAAAGCUUCUGAAAUAGCCAAAGAAGGAAAUGACAGAAAGAUGGAAGGAGAAGCCUCUUAUUACUUGGGCCUAGCCCACUUGUCUGCUGGAGACCAUGAAACAGCAUUAACAGCCUUGAACACUUACAGUCAAAUCUCUGCAGACCUGGAUGAUGAUCUGAGCCUGGGGAGAGCCUAUGAGGCAAUAGCCAAGGUCCUGCAGAGCCAAGGAGAGACAAUAGAGGCAAUUAAAUACUUGGAAAAAGUAGUAAAAAUUGCAAGAAAUAACUUUCAAAGCCUGGAUAUUGUGAGAGCAAGUACAAUGCUUGGUGACAUCUAUAAUGAAAAAGGGGAAUACAACAAAGCUUCUGAAUACUUUCAGCAGGCUUUUGACACAAUAGUAGACGUAAUGAACGUGCCUCUGAUGGAGGAAACAAAGGUUCAUUAUGGCAUAGCCAGAGCUCACCAGAUGAUGCUCACCAUCAACAAUUACAUAGAAUCUGCGGAUCUCAACAGCCUGGACUGCCUGCUGUCAUGGAAGGAGAGAAGACGUCAACUUGAACUCGAUCCGGUGCUAGGUAAGGCUUCAGUGUUUGAAAACACUUUGUUUCUGUAUCAUUCUUCAUGGAGGCUUCAGGAACCGUUGCUAGAGGAGGUACAAGUUACAAGUACCUAUGAGUACCUGGUUCUUCCUCACACAUUCUCUACCCCUUCCGACUGUCAGGGUUCUGUGACCAGUCAGCCAGUGGGCCAUAAGCCGAAGUCACUGCUGGGCUCCAGCCCCAGCCAGCCCACCUGA